AAAACAUAGAUGGCGCUGGAGAAUUAUUCUCGGUCAGUGAAUGUGUCAUCUAAUCCAAGUGAUUUUUUUUUGAGUAUGUGUGUAUGUAGUUUAUUGCAAAUACAUCGAAUUACACAUUUGACAGUAGAGAAACAGUAUGAUGGCGGCUUCAUAACUGUGUCAUAGAUAUGUACCAAGUGUCAAUAUAAAAGUAUAAUAUAUAAUCAUAUUUAUAUAUUUAUAUUUUUAGUAAACAUUGACAGCGACAUAUAGCUGGUGAACGAUAAUUUUGUGACGUAUAAAAAUUAGUUGUUAAUUAGACGGUUAAAUUUUUAUUGUUCUAACAAAAUGGGUGAUGGUCGUGAGGGUGAGCGACAACCGCUCUUAAAAAAUGAAAGUGUCAAUUACAGUUCGCGUACCAGUGAUGCUAUUGAUGGUACACAAUCAAAUGUCAACACAGUUUCACCAAUUGGUCCUGAUGAGGUACCACCACCCUAUCAGUCGGCAAAUCAAAGCGGAAUGCCCAUGGUCACCUGCAGAGUAUGUCAGGCUAUGAUUGAUAUUUCCGGAAAAAAAGAUCAACACGUUGUCAAGUGUAACCAGUGUAAUGAAGCUACGCCAAUAAGAAAUGCUCCACCGGGUAAAAAAUAUGUCAGAUGUCCAUGCCAUUGUUUAUUAAUAUGCAAGAGUUCAUCACAACGUAUUGCUUGUCCCAGGCCAAAUUGCAAACGUAUUAUAAAUCUUGCGCCUAGUCCGGUUACACCACCGGUUCUAUCGAUGCCUGGGAUGUGUCGAGUCUGUUGUGCACAUUGUCAUGACACAUUUUUGUUCAAUACUCUGAAUAAUGCAUUGGCACGAUGUCCACAUUGUCGUAAAGUGUCUUCCGUUGGGCCAGAUUUUGCUAGAGGACGUGGAAUAAUGUUUAUAACUAUUGGAAUAAUUGCACUCGUAAUUGGUAUUUCUGUAACUGUCGGAACGUACACUCUCGUAGGUAACAACGGUGGAAUUUAUGUUGUAUACAUUGGUGCAUUUUUAAUUGCGUUAAUUUGUCUAGCACGUAGUGUCUACUAUUGUACACUAAAGAACAGUCUGAUCGAGGGUCCAUUGUAGAAAUAGUCGACGAUUUAAUAAAAGAAAAUGAUAAGUUAUAGAUAUAUAUUAUAUACUACUAUAUAUAGGAUAAUAACAAAGGAAAAAAAAUCAUAAUACUUUAACCGCUAAAUGUUGCAUAAUCAAUUUAAAUUAAUUACCAUAAUUAAUCAUAAUAAUACAUAAUUAUUUCGGAUAACAAAAAAACUAUAACAGUGACCGAUAAAUUUUGACGAUUAUUCAAUUCGGAUUCUCAUGUAUUAUCGUACAAUAUAAUUAUUUAAACAUUAAAUUUUAAUCUCUUGUUUCUCGACAAGCUUUCGAUAUCAGGUAACACAAAAAAUUAAUAUUGAUGUAAUACGCGGCUGGUCCAGUGAUGGUGCAAAUACGUAAUGAGUCGAGCAGGGCCGAUUUACCUCCAACUGCUAUGAUAACAUCUUACUUUUGGUUUAAAAUAAUGUUUAGUGAUCUUUUUUAUUAUUAUUAUUAUUAUCAUUAUUAUGAUUAUUUGAAUUUAUAAAUUAAUUAUCGCGCGUAUGCAUGCCGAUUUAAACGUAAUCACACGCGUGAUAUUACCCAUCAUUCCUUUAUACGUGUGGGUUAUUUCUGUGUUUUUUUUUUAAUUUUGUAAAGCCUGUGCCGUAUUAUUGAAUUGAUAUAAAUUAAUGAAUUUAACAAAAAUAAAUAAAUAUAUAUAUAUUAAUGUAAAAGUGAAAAAAAGCAAAUGUAUCUAAAGUUAAUUUUAGGGAUAUCAAUAAAUUUUAUGUCAAUAAUUUUGUGUCUAAUUAAUA